UAAAAGUGGAUGGAUAAGAUGUCGUCUAGCCUCUUUAGCCCAAAACAAGAAAAGACACACAUCAUGUUGGCACAGGAUGGAGAACGUAUGGUCAAGAGGGAAAUUUGGAACAUCUCACUCUAUUAUUUCUUGGAGAAUUCAAACUGGAGGUCAGUCUCAAUAGUUGAGAAUCAAUGGAACGUUAGCUUGGAUCUUAGGAUUCCUGAUUCCUCUUCGAUUAUGAAGACAUUCUGUCUUUUAGAGGGAGCAAAGUUCAAUGAAGUGUGUUUCUUCUUCAUUGACAAUAAGAAGUUUAAAGAGUCUAUUUAUUGUUUCCUUGAUCAAACUAUUCGUAUCAAAAAGUUGUAUCUCAAAUUUACUGACAAAAAAUUAUCUAAGGCAAAUAUGCAUUGCUUAAUCAGGAAUGCUCACAAAAUUCAAGAAUUAGUGCUUUUUGAUGGAGUUGAACUGGAGAACAAGCCAUUAUCACGACUUUUUCACGCUUUUGCACAUCUUCAAGAAAUAAACUUGUGUAGAUGAUCUUUCCAUAACAGCUGAAAUGAGAAGAUUAAAGUAGAUCCAACAUCAAUUUUUACCAUCAAGUUAUUAGAACUACAAUUUGUGGAGGGAUCUAAGCAAAGCUUGGGCAGCGUGAUAAAGUCCUUAUCAUCAAACCCAUCCAUCCUUGAAAACCUGGUUACAUUCUACUACAAUGAAGGAAUAGUUGGGCAUAAGCCUGGCCUCUCAAAAAUCUCUGUGAAGACCCUUUUAGAAAAAUGUGGGUACAAAGCGACUGUGAGAUCAAUCAAACCAAUGACUUUCAAAUAGUGCCAAAUCAGGUUCAAUAUUCAAGAAUGUCUAGAGA